AUGUGGCCAUCGGCUGGUCCGAUGCUACAAAGCCCAACGUUCCCACCUGGACCAGCACCCACUGCUUUGAUGCAGCAUAUGCCUGGAUACGGUAUGCAACCGUCGCCGUACCCAAUGGAUCCAGCUGGUGCUCGUCCGCAGUAUCCACCUAUGCAGGAUCAGAACGCCGGCGGUUACGACCAGAAUGCGAUGAACUACAGUCAACAACAACGAAUGAUGAUGUUGCAUCAGCAACAACAAAUGCAACAGGUGAGCUACAUCCCAGUAUGCUAG